AUGGAUUCUUCGAACUUGAAAUGGGUCUACGGUUCAACAGAUCGGGCUAAAGGCAUGUCAAAUGAGACUGUCGACGAAUACAAAACCAUCAUUCAACAGCUUUACCUAGACCGGAACAUGACGCGCGAAGGAGUUCUAGACCGUCUGAAAAGUUUCCAUGGGUUUUCAUUGUCGUCAGUUAAGCUUAAUAUGGUGCCGGUAAAAAAUUACCUCACUGACCAGACGUACUGUAGGGCGAACCAAUUCUCUAAAGCCACGAAACGCUGGGGUUUCUACAAGCAAUCUCGACAAGUCCGAGCGAGGAUACAGCCUUCUGGGUCAAUAAUUGAGGAUGAGGAGCUGUCCAGCACGCUCAACCUACUGAAAGAACUGUUUGAUCACGAGUCGGAUGUUCUCGACUCGAUUGACGAGACGGAAGCUUGCUUUCAUACUGGUAGCGAGUAUGUUAAGGAUCCUCAGACUCUUGAAGAUGUUCAGAAGCAACUUUCAUACUCCGAAGUGCCUCCCUCCAUCAACCAUUCGGUUGACUUUCAACGCGACGCUCUGCCUUGCAAUACAGACAAAAGCCUUCCCGAGAGAUCUAAAGGACAGCUCCAGCAACUGGGGACCGCUCGAAAGCUUGAAAUAGGGCCAGAUGCUAUCAGCUCAAAGUUGUUUGCCAGAACCUCUUCUGAAAGCUAUAUCGACAACAAGUCGCGUGUUGAUUAUUUGACGUGCUGUUACCUUCUUCAAGAAGCCGUUGAUUGUUUAGAAACAUCAGGCAAGACCGGCGGUAAACGAGAAGAUCAAAUUCCAAGGAGCAACACUGACAAGCCUUUGACAAAAUUUCGCAGAGAUAAGGACAAGCUAUCAAAAAGCGAGGCUAGUUCUCUUGAUAUGUGGUCAGUUCUUUGCCUCGAAGAACCAAACCAGCUCGGCAUUUUGGACGAUCUUCUCAACAGGCCAGACAUGAAUGAUCUACAGUUGACGAACGCAGUGAAAGCAUGCUUGAGGAUGUGUGAGGGGUGGAUCGAGCUGGUGGUAAAAGGGCUGCCAAGAGGUGCUCUCCAGUUUGACAGCCUCCUUUUACACCAGAAUGCCAGAAAGGCCGUCCAGAACAUGUAUCGGCCCGUUCAUGAACAGGGCCCUUUUGAUUUAUGGCAAGAGGCCGGGUAUCUCUUUGCCUUUGUUUGGAGUAAUGAGCAAAUAGAGGCCGCAAACUCUUCGUCUUGGUUGAAAGGAGCCGAGAUAUCCGGCCUAUCUCGGACGUAUUUCCUGGCUAUCGUUUGUCGGAUGAUUGUCUAUAGGACUGUCUGCAGAUUCCCAGACUUUCGGACAAUUCAAAGCAAAGGAAACAAUACUGGUAGGCCUAUCUGCCGGCUGUAUCUGCACGCAAUCGGGAAGAUGAAGAAAACGAGUCAAUUACGAGACGAGAAAAGAUUAUUCAUCAUCUGCCUUUACAAUCAUCACGCGGGGUCUGAAAUGGAUCCAAAACAGAGCAACAUUCUAGAGAGUGUCCAAUCUUAUCAGAGGAAAGCUGAUGAUUUUGUGUUCAAUGAGGAACGAGAUACAUUAGCUCAAGAGAUCUUGCAGGCCACUACAUUACACGAAGAUGUUGGGAUAACCAACUUCAGCAAUAUGGCGUCUAGCAGAUCGAGCCGCACAGCCUCACACUCUUCAAGUUACUCAUAUACUCGCCAGCAACAUUUCACCCUACUGAGUAGCAACCCUACGAUGACUCGUUCGCUGGCCUCAGGAUCUUCUCGAGGGUCAUCAUUGAAUUCAUUUAAAGGAUUCCAAGCAGCAAGCAGAGCCAUAGAAAAAUGCUUGAAGGAGGAUCAUAGUAGAUAUAUAUAA